CUUUCUUUCCCUUUUUAAGCUCCCUGAGUCUCUCUGUUUUCUUCACUUACAACAAUGGCUUCUGCACCGGAAUCACUUAUCAGGCUUCUAAUCCUCGUCCUCAUCACCUACAUUGUCGUUCUGGGUUCAAAAGUUGAAGCUCAGGCGGAUGAUUUGACCUUGGGUCUAAUAACGGAUGCUCUGGAGUGGCAGCUGCCAAUGUCGGCGUACGGUACCUUCGAUAUCGCAGAGGACGGCGCUAAUGACGUGGGUGAGGAAGGGGAAGAUGAGUUUGGUCGGAGAUCUUUGUUCUGGUAGAGAAUGCAUUACUACAUUUCGCACGGGGCUCUGUCUGCUAACAGGGUCCCCUGCCCACCUCGCUCAGGGAGGUCGUACUAUACCCACAACUGUUUCAGGGCUCAUGGUAUUGUUCACCCAUACACCCGGAGCUGUUCUAAGAUCACUCGCUGCAGGAGAUAGGUUAUAUAUGUUGUGUUAAUUUAGUAUGUGUUAAUGGGUAUUUGUGGGUUUGGCUAAUUGUGUUGAAACUUUAAUU